AUGGCAGUGCUGCGGCUCCCCAGGGCGACCCUCUCGAGGGCGGUCCCCACGGGGACACUAGGGAACUUGACGGCGCUCCACACGCUCAGCCUCCAUCUCAAUGGGCUCUCCGGCGCGCUCCCGGUCGACCUCGCCUCCGCCGUCGCGCUUCGAAACAUCUUCCUCAACGGGAACAGGCUGUCGGGCGGGUUCCUGCGGGCAAUUCUCGCGCUCCCGAGGCUCGUCAGGCUCUCACUCGGCGGGAACGACCUGUCGGGGCCCAUCCCGAUGGAGCUCGGCAACCUCACGCACCUCGGUGUCCUGCUCCUUGAGAAUAAUCACUUUCCCGGCGAGAUUUCAGAUGUGAAGCUACCGCCGCUGUAG